UCUGUGGUUGUAAAUUAGCAAAAUAAAAAAAUAAAAAUUAAAACAUGAAGAUCUACUAACAGCCAAGGAUAUUGUUUGUAUCAAACAUUUCGUAGAUUUCUAAAUUACAUUAAUUUAAAGAUUAUGAAAAAGUAAUCUUAUUUAACAAUGGGUAAUUCUGGACUAAAACAACACAUAGAAACAGCACAGAAAACUGGUGUUUUGAAAGUCUCUCAAGGGAAAUUAAACGAGUUUCCACCAGCAUUCCGACAACUUGAAAAUUCCUUAAGGACGCUAGACAUAUCUGAUAAUAAAUUUGUUGUCCUACCUAAUGAAAUUAGCAGGUUUAUGCAAUUACGACACUUAAACUUAAGUAAAAACAAAUUAGCUAAAAUUCCAGACUGUAUAGGAGCGCUGACAAAAUUGGAAACAUUUAACGCUAGCUAUAAUAACUUAUCAGCAAUACCAAGAACUUUUACAAAUUUAAUUCAUUUAAAACAAGUACUUUUAAGUAAUAACCAUCUUAAAGAGUUUCCACUUAUGUUUUGUGGACUAAAACAUUUGGAUUUGUUGGAUUUAUCUCAGAAUGAAAUAGCGUCUGUUCCAAGCGAGGUAGCCUCAUUAAAUGUGACCGAAUUGAACUUGAAUCAAAACCAAAUCUCUUACCUUUCAUCUGAGAUUGCUACAUGUCCAAGACUUAAAACUUUAAGAUUGGAAGAGAAUUGUUUACAUAUUACCUCUAUUCAUCCUAAACUAUUGAGCGAUAGUAAAAUUUGUAAUCUAGCCUUGGAAGGAAAUUUAUUUGAAUCUAAGCAACUGGCUAAUGUUGACGGAUAUGAUGCUUACAUGGAAAGAUUUACAGCAGUAAAAAAGAAACUAUUUUAAUAUGAGAAUGUUUUUAUGUUUUUAUUCUUCUGUAUCACACAUGGAUUCACACUACAGAUUAAAUAAUUUUCCUCAAAAUAUUCUCAGUGCACAAACUUAAUCUAUUUUUCUAUAUAUAUCUUUAGCUUUUUAAAUUUAUAUAAAUAUCAUUCUAACUUUUCUACAUUUUUAUAAGAUAUGGAACAAUGUAUAUUCUGCUACCACCACAAAAACUGACAAUCAAAUAACUGGUACUAUUUAAGCUAUUUAGCAAUAUGUAAAGGAAUUAUACUUACUUUAGGACACAAUUAUUAUAAUUAUUAAAACGUGUUAGUAUAGAGGUAGUAAAAAACUGUUUUGGGUCCAAAGAUACCAUUUGCACAGAUGUUUAGAAUUUCCAGUGUAUUAAUUUUUAAUAGUUAUUAUGUAUUCCAAGUGUUAAAAAGCAUUUAGCUGUUAAUCGUAACUGUAUCAUAUUAUAUUUUAAUGUAGGUAUUUAUUGUGUAUAAUAGCUAAUUGUACUAUAGUAUUUGUGAAUGUGCUUAAAUUAUAACCUAUUUAGUAUAAGAAAACUAUUUCAAUUUAAGCUAAACUUUACUUAGAAUUAAAGACAUAUGGAGGACAUUAUAAAACAAGGAAAUCUAAAGAUAAAUAAUUAAUACCAACAUAAAUUCUGUAAUAUUUCAUUACAUAUGUUCUAAAAGUAUUCAAUACUGGAUUUGAGACUAAAAUUAAAGUACCCAUUUUGGUAUUUAAAUGCACAACAUAAUGCCAUUCCUUGACUUUAGUUAACUAUCCCAAUUUAUAUAGUUUGCGCUGAAGUCUGCUCAAUUUUUUAAAAUUGUAAUUCAGCUGGCAGCAUUAUAGGAAUAUCAUUGUCUCUUUAAUUGAUAGGUAUAGUCAUACCUUUUUUUGUUUUGACAUUACAUCAUGUAGUUCAGAAAAGUUCAGUGUAAUCGUGCGAUAAAACCAAGCCAAUUAUUAAAAUCUAAAUUACUAUCAAAAUAUUUGUUGAAUUAUUAAUCAGUAUAAAAUUCUAAUUUACUUUUGUAAAAACCUGUACUAAGGUUCUACUUAGUAGAUAUAGGUAAAAUUUAUAGAAUCUUUAUAUCCAAAUAUCUAUAUAAAAUUUAGUUGAAUUGAUAAUUUAAUCUCAGCGAGAGAUAAAAUAUAUGUUCCAACUUUGAAUACUUGAUAACACAAUUAUCACUAAAUUCCCUGUGAACUAUACAGGGCGAGUCUUAAAUAAAUGUAAAUAUUUUCAGGGCUCAAUAAAAAUAGUGGCUCAAUAAAAGAAACAUAUUCUCUCAUUACCGUUUUUCAAAUAAGUCCAAAAUAACCGAUUUAUUUUACUUUGAAAAUUAAAAAAAAAUGAUUUUUUGUUUAAAUUUUAAGAACCAACGGAUCUUUUCCGAGUUUUCUUACUUAAAUUUAAUAUACUACCUCAGUUGCAAUGAAAUUAUAUUUUUUAACAAAAAACUAUAAAAUUUUUCAAAAAUUGUCUCACGAAAAAGCCUCAUAGACCUGUUUUUGGAGUAGAAAUAUACUACCCUAAAAAUAUUUGCACUUAUUUAAGACUGACCCUGUAUAUUAAAAAUAUAGGCUGUUUCUACAUAUUAUAAUUAAUUAUCAUGAUUAGUUCUAUUCUAUCAGUAAUAUUACAUCAGUAGUAUUUCUAUACUCGGUUGAAACGUCUUUGUGAUACAUUUUUGUUUAUUUUUUUUCUUGUUAUUUAGUUCUAAAUUUGAAUUUUUAAUGUAUUAUUGUUUUUCAAUUUAUAUGUACAAGCGCGUUUAAAAAAUAAUAAAAAAAUUAAAGUUA